CAUCAUUCCAGACAUCUUCAGCUGCUAUCCCCAGAACAAGCAUGCGAAAUAUGAACAAGAUGGUGAGCCAGAUCUUUCCAAUCAUGAGGUGUCCCAACUGGCCUAUCCUCCAUUGCUCUUGUGAACUUCACUGACCCCUGGGUCCAAGAAGAAGAUACUAAGUACCACAGAGGCCAAAAAUGGAGUCUGUGAGCUUUGAGGAUGUAGCUGUGAACUUCACCUCAGAGGAGUGGGCUUUACUGGAUCCUUCCCAGAAGAAACUCUAUAGAGAUGUGAUGUGGGAAAUCCUCAGGAACCUGACUUCUUUAGGAAAAACACAGGAAGACCAGAACACUGAAGAUGACUACAGAAAUUUCAGGAGAAGUAUAAGAAGUCAAGUGCUCAAGAGACUCUGUGAACAUAGUGAAGAAGGUGAAGAAGUCUUUAGCCAGAUUCCAGAUCCUGUUGUGAAUGAUACUCCUCCUGGAGUAAAGUGGUGUGAAAGCCAGGUGUGUGGUGAUGUCUUCAUUGGUCCUUCACUCCUAAGUGUGCCUAUCACUGUUCAAACUGGACAUGAGCCUUAUGAAUAUCAGGACUGUGGAGAGAAUCUGUAUAAAUGCAGGGAAUAUGGGAAAGCUGUUAGUUAUCCUGAAUGCUUUGUGAAGCAUGAACCAACUCAUACUGAAGAGAAACCCUUUGAACAUACGGAAUGUGAGAAAGCCCUCAGGAGUCAUAAUUAUAGUCAAAUACAUGAAAAAAAUGACAAAGAGAAAACAAAUGUGUAUAACCAAAGUGGUGAAGCCUUGUCUUGUUCCAGUGUCCCUCAAUACCAGGAAGGAAUUCACGCUGGAGAAAAACCCUAUGUGUGUAAGCAGUGUGGGAAAGCCUUUUCUUUUUUGAGUAGUAUUCGAAGGCAUGAGCGAGCACACACAGGAGAGAAACCCUAUGUGUGUAAGCAAUGUGGGAAAGCUUUCAGUCACUUGACUAAUUUUCAGCAACAUGAACGAACUCACACAGGAGAGAAACCUUAUGUGUGUAAGCAAUGUGGGAAAGCCUUCACCUAUUACAAUUCCUUUCAAACACAUAAAAGAAAUCACACCGGAGAGAAACCCUAUUUAUGUAAACUGUGUGAUAAAGCCUUCACUAGUCGCACUUCCCUUCGAUAUCAUGAGAGCAUUCACAGUGGAGAGAAACCCUAUGUGUGUGAGCAAUGUGGGAAAGCAUUCCCUUGUACAAGUUCCAUUCGAAGACAUGAAAGGACUCACACUGGAGAGAAACCCUUUCUGUGUAAGCAAUGUGGGAAAGGUUUCAGCUCUUCCAGUUCCUUUAGAAUACAUGAACGAACUCACACUGGAGAAAAACCUUAUAAAUGCAAGGAGUGUGGUAAGGCCUUCACUGGUCACAGUUCCCUUCGUUGCCAUGAAAAAAUCCAUAGUGGAGAGAAACCUUACAAAUGUAAGCAAUGUGGAAAAGCUUUUUCUUCUCUGAGUAAUUUUAGAAGACAUGAACAAAUUCACACUGGUGAGAAACCCUAUGUGUGUAAGCAAUGUGGGAAAGCCUUCACUUGCUCUGGUUCCCUUCAGAAACAUGAAAGGACUCACAAGGUAGAGAAUUCUAAAAUAGAAUGUGAGAAUGCCUCAUUGUUACAUGACCUUUCUAACAAACAUGACAGUACAGAGGAAAGAGAAUUAGAAUCAGUGUAAAGUGUUAAGGAUGUCUCUAAUCAUCUCACAGAAUUCACAAGUGAAAAAUGGCCUACUGUGCCCCUCUGCACAGUAUGUUCACAAAAAAUUAAAAUUAAAAAGAAAAAUGGCCUACUGUGGUAAGAAGAAAUGUGCAAAAGUCUUUUGUCAUCCCAUAACUAAGAGCUUACCUAGGACAAAAAAAAAAAAUCUUGUGAGCAUUAAAAACAACAUUUGGCAAAUUCCUCCUGUGAUGGAAUCCUACAAAAAAGUUUUAUGAAGAGCUUGAUGCAAAGUAAUUUCUAUAGACUGCUCUAGAAAUUGCUCAAACUGAAAAAGAUGUUCUGAAAGUUACAAGUAUAUUGUGUUUACUAGUAAGUCAUUCUUAAAAUAGACCUCUGGACUAUGGAUUGUUUUAUUUCAUUAGGAUUUGAACUUAGACUAUAUUUCCAAUUUUCACCUUCUAAAAGAAGUGUUAAAGUAACCUCUAAGGUUCAAGUAAUAGGACAUGAGGUAGUGUCCUUUUUAGUCAUGGGUAGUAACUUUUAUCUUUUUUUAUUUUUAACUAUUUUGGUUCCUUGCAUAAAGCAAGCUGUAGUUCUAAUAAGCCAGGAGACUUAAUUUUAAAUAUCUUUAAAGUAAUGUGGUUAAUGUGCCACUAAAAAUUAAUUUGUUAGUUGCUAGUAUUUUCCUACUAGACAUUUGUGGAAGAUUCUUAUAUAUUUAUAUAGCUUCUUUGUUACCAUUCUUUUUUCAUCACUGUGACUGAAUACAUGAGAGAAACAACUUGGGGAACAAUUAUUUUGCUCAUGAUUUCAGAGGUGUCUGUUCAUCAUGGUGAAGCAAGCAGUUUACAUGGCAAAUAGGAGCAAAGGAGUGCCUAUGUAGGAAGAGGCCAGGGCAAGACAAAGCCCCUUAGGGCAUCCCUUCCCUACUCCUUCAACAUAGGCUCCUACCUCCUAGUGAUGACACCGUAUUAUAAACUCAAGGCAUGAGUCAAUUCAUUGGAUCCAGAGCCCUCUUGUUCUAAUCAUCUCUGGAAAUGGUAAUACAGACACCAUGAAGUGUGCUUUACCAGACUUAGGUAUCUUUAAGUCCAGUCAAGUUUACAAUGAAAAUCAUCAUAGUCCUUUUUUUCAGAUCAACUGAUGUUUAUUAUGUGGAUUUUGUACCAUUUACUUUUUUAUGUAUAUUUUCUUGAGGAUUUUUGUACAUAUUUUUAGGAAGUUUCUGAAGUGUUUUAACCAAUGUUGUCUUUUUCAUUUAGUGAGAAAGUAUCUGCAAAUAUUCCCUACCAUGUUUAUAAAUUAGGUCAAGUUUGCCAAACAUUUCCUUUCAUGUUGAUAAUGAUUAUUAUACUGUGUGCUAACAGCUAAUAAUGUUUUUUUCCUUAUGCAAGUUUUACUUUAUGUUUAUAUUGUUAAAGCUUCAUUUUGAUAAUAGUUUGUUGUUCAUCAGAAGAAAAGAUGUCAUGCUGUUAUUAGUGUCCUCCUGCUAGAGACAUGAGACACAUAAAUUUGUCAAGUAAUAUGUAAUAAUUUAUACUAAUAAAUCUGUCCACAAACCAUUAAAAAAUAUAGCCAAAGUCAA